GUGUUUCGCCCUCUGUCUUCUAACCAGUUCCCAGACCUACAUAUACUUCUCUCGCUUUACGCCGCUUUCCUCUUCUCCCUGCUGCUCUUCCCUCUGGCCCCGUGCUAGACCCUCUUCGUGAGCCUCUGCCUUAGCUACAGUAGUAUCAUCAAUUCAUCCUCAUGGCCAAGCUUCGGGUGCACGAGCUCCGCGGCAAGAGCAAGACGGAGCUGCUCAACCAGCUGAAGGAGCUGAAGACUGAGCUGGCAGCGCUGCGCGUGUCCAAGGUCACUGGCGGCGCCCCGAACAAGCUCUCCAAGAUCAAGGUGGUGCGCAAGUCGAUCGCGCAGGUGCUGACUGUGAUCAACCAGACGCAGAAGUCGAACCUGCGCGCCGCGUUCGCCAAGAAGAAGUACGCGCCGCUCGACCUAAGGCCCAAGAAGACCCGCGCCAUCCGCCAGCGGCUCACCAAGAGACAGCUUGAUCUCACGACAGCAAGGGAGGCCAGGAGGAUCAAAUACUUCCCCCAGCGCAAGUUCGCCCUCAAGGCUUGAAUCAGGACCUCUUUUGGCCUAAUUCUGUUGCAGAAGCCAUGAUGGAUGGCUGAGCUAGCGGUUUCUGACCCAGAAUGGUGUGUUUGGAUGUACGCAUGUGUAGGGGAUGAUAUGAUAUCAUAUUGCUGCUAGUGCUCAGUGGUUUUACACGUUGCGUCUAAGCCUGGCCGUUAUGGAAAUUGUUUUCGUAUACAUGCACAUGUCGUAGCUGUGCAAGAUAGGUUCUGUGUACAUCUGUAACGAAAGGCAAAAGAUUUAGCCAUGGCUUGUAC